CACCACCACACCACCACACUGCCUGCAUAAUGCUUGUAGGAGCCGGAAGGAUAGACGAAAAUAUUACCAUAGAACUUAAGACCUGGAUAAGCUCACGCUGCAGAUUUCGAUGAUGAAGAAGGCCAUUGACAUUGACUGCUUAUCUAAUUGCAAUAGCGCACCCUGGACCACCCUGCGUCUCGAAUUUUGGGGAAAGGAUCGAGUCCCCAAAAAGAAAACCACGUCUCUUCAUCUGCUGUUCACUUUCUGCCAUGUCGGCCUACGACCAUUCCAGGGUGCAGUACUUUAUUGGCGGUAACUCUUUAGAUAAGGCAUCGCCGAGCAGCGUUUAUGAUUUUGUCAAGGCGAAUGGAGGCCAUACUAUAAUCACCAAGGUCCUCAUUGCCAACAACGGUAUCGCGGCCGUGAAAGAAAUUAGGUCGAUCCGACAAUGGAGUUACGAAACCUUUGGUAGUGAACGUCAGGUAGAAUUCACCGUCAUGGCUACCCCAGAAGAUCUCAAGGUUAAUGCUGAAUACAUCCGCAUGGCUGAUCGUUAUAUCGAAGUUCCUGGAGGGUCAAACAACAACAACUAUGCCAAUGUUGAUCUUAUCGUCGAUGUUGCAGAACGUGCUGGUGUCCAUGCUGUAUGGGCUGGUUGGGGACACGCCUCCGAAAACCCCCGUCUCCCGGAGAGUCUAGCUGCUAGUAAGAACAAAAUCGUCUUCAUCGGUCCUCCUGGAAGUGCAAUGAGGAGUCUGGGUGAUAAGAUCUCUAGUACCAUCGUCGCACAAAGCGCUGACGUUCCAACGAUGCCAUGGUCUGGAACUGGCAUUACUGAUACCGCCCUUUCGGAGGCUGGAUACGUAAUAGUGCCUGAUAAGGCCUACCAAGAUGCCUGUGUCACCUCUGUCGAAGAAGGCUUGGUGAAAGCAGAAGAGAUCGGAUGGCCGGUCAUGAUCAAGGCUAGUGAAGGAGGCGGAGGAAAGGGUAUCAGAAAAGUUGAGCAACCUGAGGCUUUCAAGAACGCGUACCACGCCGUAGCUGGAGAAAUUCCCGGCUCUCCCAUUUUCAUUAUGAAGCUUGCUGGAGCUGCUCGCCAUCUUGAAGUUCAGCUUCUUGCUGAUCAAUAUGGAAAUGCUAUAUCUCUGUUUGGACGUGAUUGUUCUGUCCAGCGUCGUCACCAGAAGAUCAUUGAAGAAGCCCCCGUUACCAUUGCAAAACAGGAUACUUUUGAGAAAAUGGAGCGGGCCGCGGUGCGCCUAGCAAAACUCGUUGGGUAUGUCAGCGCUGGUACUGUCGAAUACCUUUACAGCCAUGCUGAUGACUCUUUCCAUUUCUUGGAAUUGAACCCACGUCUUCAAGUGGAGCAUCCCACUACUGAAAUGGUGUCCGGAGUCAAUUUACCUGCUGCCCAGCUUCAGGUAGCUAUGGGCAUACCCCUCCACCGCAUCCGACACAUUCGCCAACUGUAUGGCGUAGCUCCAAAUGCCGCAUCUGAAAUCGAUUUUGAAAUGAUCAAGCCAGAUGCGAACCAACUUCAACGCAAACCACGACCUAAAGGACACGUCGUUGCAGUCCGUAUCACUGCCGAAAAUCCUGACGCCGGUUUCAAGCCAUCUUCUGGUUCCCUUCAGGAGCUGAACUUCCGCUCCAGUACGAAUGUUUGGGGCUAUUUUUCCGUCAGUUCUGCGGGUGGUCUGCACGAGUUUGCUGACUCGCAGUUUGGACAUAUCUUUGCAUACGGCGAAGACCGAGGCGAGAGUCGCAAAAAUAUGAUCAUCGCCCUCAAAGAACUCAGUAUUCGUGGCGAUUUUAGAACGACUGUCGAGUAUCUCAUUAAGCUCCUCGAAUUAGAUGACUUCAAGGACAACACUAUCACUACCGGAUGGUUGGAUUCCCUCAUCAGCGAUAAGCUUACCGCCGAACGUCCCGAUGCCACUCUUGCUGUGAUCUGUGGUGCUGUCACUAAAGCAUAUCUUGCUUCGGAAGCCUGUUGGACGGAGUACAAGCGCAUCUUGGACAAGGGACAAGUCCCAGCACGUGACGUCCUCAAAACCGUUUUCGUCAUUGAUUUCAUCUACGAGAACGUUAGGUACUCGUUUACUGCUGCGAGAUCCUCUUCCACGGCCUGGACCCUAUAUCUCAAUGGAGGCAGCACCAUGGUUGGUGCCCGUCCUUUGGCCGAUGGUGGUCUUCUGGUCCUAUUAGACGGAAGGAGUCACUCUAUUUACUGGCGAGAAGAAGUUGGCGCGCUUCGUUUGAUGGUGGACGCCAAAACUUGUUUGAUUGAGCAGGAAAAUGACCCCACUCAAUUGAGGAGUCCAAGUCCAGGAAAGCUCAUCCGAUUCUUCGUCGACAGUGGGGAGCACAUCAACGCAGGAGAACAAUAUGCUGAGAUAGAGGUCAUGAAAAUGUACAUGCCUUUGGUCGCGUCCGAAGAUGGCAUUGUGCAACUCAUCAAACAGCCCGGUGUUAGCCUCGAACCUGGUGACAUCCUCGGUAUUCUGACCUUGGAUGACCCUGGUCGCGUCAAGCACGCUAAACCUUUUGAAGGUCUACUCCCUACGAUGGGCACUCCAGCUGUUACCGGUAGCAAGCCUCACCAACGGUUCAUCCGUUGCCUUGGGGUCUUGAAUGACAUCUUAGAUGGCUUCGACAACCAGGCCAUCAUGGCCUCUACGGUAAAAGACCUUAUCGACAUCCUUCAUGAUCCAGAACUUCCUUACUCCGAACUAACUGCUAUCCUUUCUUCACUUUCCGGACGUAUUCCUGCCAAGCUUGAUGAUAGCAUUCACGCUGCUCUUGAAACCGCCAAAGCCAAAGGCGAAUUCCCCGCUGCUCGAAUCAAAAAGGUGCUCGAGAAUUUUGUCGAGAGUAGCGUCCUACCACAAGAUCGACCUAUGUUCCGUACGCAAUUGGGCGCGAUCUACGAUGUCUUGGAUAGAUUUACUGGUGGUUUGAAGGGCCAUGAAAUCAAAGUUUGGUCUAACUUGCUUGAGAAAUACGAGGCUACAGAAAGAAUGUUUGGCGGAAGUAUUGAAGCACGAAUUCUUACGCUCCGUGAACAAAACAAAGAUGAUCUGGACAAAGUCAUCAGCCUUGUCCUGAGUCACAUCAAAGUUUCGAGCAAAGCGAAGCUGGUGCUGACGAUACUCAAUCACAUCAAGACUAAGGGUAUUAGCGUUUCGAAUGCGGAAAGUCCUUUGUACAAGGUAUUGCAGGACCUCGCUUCCUUGGAAGCCAAAUCGUCAACUUCCGUAUCCCUCAAAGCUCGGGAGGUGCUUAUCAUGGGCCAAAUGCCCUCGUACGAAGAAAGACUUGGUCAAAUGGAAACCGUGUUGAAGAGCUCGGUCACCAGUCAGUAUUACGGCGAGCAGGUGAACACUGUUCAUACCCCGUCUGCGGAAGUGUUGCGAGAACUCAGUGAUUCUCGUUAUACUGUGUUCGAUGUACUUUCUGCCUUCUUCGAGCAUGAAGACCAUAUGGUCCCUCUUGCCGCUUUCGAGGUUUAUAUUCGUCGUGCUUAUAAGGCUUACACUUUACUCUCCAUUGACUACGAGGAAGGAGAUGAGCUCGAUGACGGUGAUUCUCCAAGUAUAGUUACCUGGCGCUUCAAUCUUGGCCAGUCUCACUCUCCUCCUUCAACGCCUCGUAUAUCUUUAUCGGGUGAAAGUAAAAGGUCGGCGUCUGUCAGUGAUCUGACCUAUCUCAUCAGCCGACACCAAUCCCAACCAAUCCGUGUUGGCGCUAUCUCAUCAUUCCCGAACUUCCUUGCACUGGCAAAGGGCUUCAGCAAAGUCGCCUCCGCAUUGCCCCUCUUUGAUGCAAUUGAAUACAAUUCACGAUAUGGAAACCCUCAGUCCCCUCCCAACGUCCUCAAUGUCGCGUUGCGUCUUUUUAGAGAGGAGGAUGACAUGCCUGAAGAUGCAUGGUUUGAGAAGCUUACUGCCUUUGUCAAUGAGCAAUCCUCAACUCUUCGCGAGCGUGGCGUGGGUCGUGUUUCCAUCAUGCUUUGCCGUCCCAGUCAGUAUCCCGUGUACCUCACUCUUCGAGAAGUCGAUCGUGUUUGGACUGAAGAGCAGUCUAUCCGUAACAUCGAACCGGCCCUGGCAUUCCAGCUUGAACUUAGUCGUCUAUCCAACUACAAACUUAAGCCUGUUUUCGUUGAAAGCAAGCAGAUUCACAUCUACCAUGCCGUUGCUCGAGAAAACCAACUAGACAACAGAUUCUUUGUCCGUGCUCUAGUUCGGCCUGGUAGGCUUCGGGGAAGUAUGAGUACUGCAGAGUACCUCAUCUCCGAGACCGAUCGCUUGGUCACGACCGUCUUGGAUGCCCUCGAAUUGGUCACGGCUGAACAAAGAAACACUGAUUGUAAUCAUAUCUUCCUUAACUUCAUCUACAAUCUCGCUGUUACCUACGAGGACGUUCUCGCUGCCAUCUCAGGCUUCAUUGAACGACACGGCAAACGUUUGUGGCGUUUACAUGUCACUGGUUCCGAGAUCCGAAUCGCGUUGGAGGAUGACGAGGGGAAUGUUACACCCAUCCGUUGCGUGAUUGAAAACGUUUCCGGUUUCAUUGUCAAUUAUCAUGGGUAUCAAGAAAUAACCACUGACAAAGGAACCACAAUUCUGAAGUCGAUAGGGGAGAAAGGUCCGCUUCACCUCCAACCUGUUCACCAAGCAUAUUCCACGAAGGAAUCGCUGCAGCCCAAACGGUAUCAGGCGCACCUCAUCGGUACCACAUAUGUCUACGAUUUCCCAGACCUGUUCUCGAAGGCGUUGCAGAACUUAUGGGACAGUGCUCGCGCUACAAGCCCGACCCUUGUAAAACCCAGAGUCUUGCUUGAGUCGAAGGAGCUAGUCCUCGAUGAGCACGAUCAACUCGCCGAAGUCGACAGAGCUCCGGGCAACAACACUUUUGGAAUGAUAGGCUGGGUAUUCACUAUGCGUACGCCAGAAUUCCCUCAAGGUCGUAGAGUUGUCGUCGUAGCAAACGACAUCACCUACAAAAUCGGAUCAUUCGGUCCCAUAGAAGACCAAUUCUUCUAUCUUGUCACUCAGUACGCGAGGGAGUUAGGCCUUCCUCGAAUCUACCUGUCGGCAAAUUCUGGAGCUCGUAUCGGUUUGGCUGAAGAGCUCAUACCCUUAUUCUCGGCCGCUUGGAACGAGGAAGGGCAUCCUGAGAAGGGAGUCCAUUACCUAUACUUGACGCACGAGAAUUACUUGAAGUUAGAGGAGCAAGGCCAUGAUUCCAUCAAAACUGUUGAUGUUGAGGUAGCAGGAGAGCUGCGCCAUAAGAUCACUGAUAUCAUUGGUCUGCAAGAUGGUCUUGGAGUUGAAUCUCUGAAGGGUUCUGGUCUUAUUGCCGGAGAAACAUCUAGGGCUUACGACGAUAUCUUCACCAUCACACUCGUCACCGCACGGUCUGUUGGUAUAGGUGCAUAUCUUGUCCGACUUGGAGAGCGUGCAGUUCAAGUCGAAGGUCAACCUAUAAUCUUGACAGGCGCAGGUGCUCUCAACAAAGUGCUCGGUCGCGAAGUUUAUACCUCCAACCUCCAACUUGGAGGAACUCAAAUCAUGUUCAAAAACGGUGUCUCGCAUCUCACGGCAAGCAGCGACCUUGAAGGUGCUACGCACAUUCUAAAGUGGUUGUCCUAUGUUCCCGAGGUCAAAGACGGUGCCUUACCUGUUCUCGAAUCAUCUGACUCUUGGGAUCGUGACAUCGGGUACACCCCUCCUAAAGGCGCAUAUGAUCCGAGGUGGUUCAUCGAAGGCAAGACUGAUGAAGCGACUUCGGAAUGGAUGAGUGGAUUCUUUGACAAAGGAUCGUUCCAAGAAACACUCAGCGGGUGGGCGCAGACAGUUGUCGUUGGGCGGGCUCGGCUUGGUGGUAUCCCCAUGGGUGUCAUUGCUGUCGAGACACGCACUAUCGAGCGAAUAGUUCCUGCUGAUCCUGCCAAUCCUGCUUCAUUUGAACAGCGUAUCAUGGAGGCUGGUCAGGUCUGGUAUCCAAAUUCCGCUUACAAGACUGCCCAGGCGAUCUUCGAUUUCAAUCGUGAAGGUUUACCCCUUAUUAUCUUUGCAAAUUGGCGUGGUUUCUCUGGUGGGCAGCAAGAUAUGUAUGACGAGGUACUCAAGCAAGGUUCUAAGAUUGUCGACGGUCUCUCCAGUUACAAGCAGCCAAUAUUUGUCUACAUUGUCCCUAACGGAGAACUUCGUGGUGGUGCAUGGGUCGUUCUUGAUCCUUCUAUCAACUCCGAGCAGAUGGAAAUGUACGCCGACGUUGAUGCUCGUGCUGGUGUGCUUGAGCCAGAAGGUAUCGUUGAGAUCAAGUUCCGCCAGAACAAGAUCACAGCUUUGAUGGAACGUCUGGAUACUGAAUAUGCUUCGCUGAAGCGCGAAAGUAAAGAUGCCACGAAAACAGCGGAAUCACGCUCGGCGGCUACCGCUGCCUUGGAGAGACGCGAAGCUAUCUUACAGCCCACUUAUAAGCAGAUUGCUCUUCUCUACGCAGACCUUCAUGACCGCACGGGACGCAUGGAAGCGAAGGGAUGUGCAAAACCUGCCAUUUGGAAAGAUGCUCGAAGGAAGUUCUACUGGGCUGUUCGUGCCCGUGUUGCACGUUCUGCGGCUCUCGCAGAACUGACUGAGGCCAGCCCCGGCUCUACCACUGAAUACCGUUCUCAUUUGCUGGACUCUCUCGCGUCCAUUGAUGCUGCUAUGAAUGACCGCGAAGUGUCCGAAACAUUGGAAAAGUUAGAUCUGUCACAAACAGUAUCACAACUUAAAGCGGACUAUUUAAUGCGCCGAAUGGUAGAAUUGACGAAGGAAGAUAGGAAGGCGGCGAUGAAUGGAUUCGCUCGUCUCGCCGACAAUCUUUCGGACGAGGAAAGAAAUUCGUUGAUCUCUGUCCUACAAAAUGCAACCCGUUCACCUGCACCCCCAUCGUAUGCUACCUCAUCUUGACGAUUUAUAGACGAUCUGUUUGGAUUGAUUAUCAUGAAUGCACAAUUGUAAUACUAAUUGCUUUUCCAUUUUCUUUUCCACUGUUGCACCUGCUGGUUCCUGACACCUUAGAAUAUAAUUCAUAGAGGCAAAUUGUAGAAACUAUUUUCGAUGACAUUGGAUUCACGCCUAUUUACGCAGUUUGAUAUCUGCAACAGCGCCGGAAUGCUAGAAUGCCCAUUGUCAACUUGAAUAUUAAAUGAACCAGAUAUAUGACCUCGAAGUGGCAGAACGCCAUUCCCUAAACGCGUGAAAGUCGAACUUUGGUCCAGAUUUUG